GAAGCCGUCCGUGAAGUUGUUGUCGCAGAAGUUCGUGUGGCAGGGGCUUAAGAAGGACGUGAGGUCCUGGGUCGACUCGUGCGUGGCCUGUCAACGGCCCAAAGUCCACCGCCAUACUAGGGCCCCUUUUGAACUUUUUGCGGUUCCUGAGAGGAGGUUUGGCCACGCGAGCUGUGGAACGCUGUUGCUGUGGGUUUGGGGGUCAAGCUGCACCGCACCACCGCAUAUCACCCCCAGGCUAACGGAUUGUGUGAGCGGUUUCACCGGUCCAUGAAGGCGUCACUGCGUGCCGGCUUGACAGAUGGCAACUAGGUGGAUAAGCUCCCGUGGGUUAUGCUCGGCCUCAGGUGUGCCCCCAAAGAAUACAUGCAGUCCUCGUCGGCGGAGCUCGUCUAUGGCCAGACGCUACGGGUCCCCGGGGAAUUCAUUCCCACCGCCUCUGUGCCCUGGUCUGCGGCCGGGCAGCGCUCCUCCCUGCUGGAGACCGCCAGGACAUUCGCGCCCGUCCCCACGUCGCAGCACAGCAACCCAGCUUUCCGCGUGUCCCCCGGAUUACUGUCGGCGGAUUUCAUUUUUAUUCGCCACAAAGCCCACCGCGGUCCCCUGCGGCCCCCUUACGACGGUCCGUUCAGGGUAAUACGUCACAGGGACAAGAGCCUGGUGGUGGACGUUGGUGGCAGGCCUGAGACUGUGUCCAGGCCGUUGGAGUUGGCUCUGCCCCCACGUCGGGGCCGCCCUCCCAUGGCCCGCCCCCUGUGGGGAUGCCCUCGCCCUCGUUGGCGCCCCUGCCCCUGCCCUCGCCUGCGGCCCCGCCCUCCUCGGCCCCUGUGGUCCGUACACGCCGGGGUCGGGUGCACAGCAACCCAGCUUUCCGGGUGUCGGUCGGCGGAUUUCGUUUUUAUUCGCCACGACGCCGACCGCGGUCCCCUGCGGCCCCCUUACGACGGUCCGUUCAGGGUAAUACGUCACAGGGACAAGAGCCUGGUGGUGGACGUUGGUGACAGGCCUGAGACUGUGUCCGUUGAUCGGAUUAAGCCUGCUCACGUGGACGUUUCCAGGCCGUUGGAGUUGGCUCUGCCCACACGUCGGGGCCGCCCUACCAUGGCCCGCCCCCCUCGGCCCCUGUGGUCUGUACGCGCCGGGGUCGGGUGGUACUUCCUCCCAGGCACGAGGAUUUUGACUCUGGGUGAAUACUGGGGGGGCUUGUGUGGUGAUUGA